AAGAAAAAAAAAUAUAUCUCAAGCUCUCUAUCCAUCUUCCGUUCUUUAAAAAAACAAAAAAAAAAGAAAAAUAUCUCAAGCUCUCUAUCUAUCUUCCAAUCUUUAAAAAUUCCAUCAUCCUCUUCAAAAUCUUAUCCUCCAGAACAUUUGCAUCAGAUAAAGAGAAAAAGAAAAAGAAAAUGGAGAGUGAAGCAGUGAGAAGAAGAAUGAACAUGAUAGCUGCCCACUUUGUUCCUAAUGAGGAUAUUUCUCCAACUCAUCUCCUCCUUCCUAUGAAUUGCAGCAGCAGUUUAAAUUCUGUUAUCUCAAGAUGUGAUAACAGAAUGUAUUUUGCGCGCCAAAGUUCUGCUUCUCAAGGUUUCUUCAUGAGACAGGCUUCCUCAACUACUGAUCAACAAAGACAGGCUGAAGCACCAUUAUUUUCUAGACAAACAACAAUAAGAAAUGAACCAAACUUGUCAAAUGUUGAGCCAUUUCAAUCUCCUGUCAAAGAUUGCAAACAACCUGCGUCAGAAUCAAACUUUCCUUGCUUUGCAAGACCAACAUGUAUUGGUAGAAAGAAUCAGUCUGGGGCAAAGAACGGAAUAAUUGAGUGGUCACCGAGAAUGGAUGUUGCAGAAUCUGGACGAGGUUAUGUUCUUACAGUAGAAAUUCCAGGCGUUGACGUCAAUGACAUUAGAGUGGAGGUCAAUCACCGAAGCUUAAGAAUAAUGGGAAAACGUACAAUCCAAUGUUCAAAUGAUUCAAUAUCAGCUUACCACAAGAGAGAGAUUCUACAAGGACCAUAUCAGGUUGAAUGGCCAUUUCCUUCCGAUGCCAACAAGGACAAAGUCUCAGCUCAAUUUUUAGAUGGGUUUCUACAAAUCAUUAUUCCUAAACUUUGAGAAGCACUAAUUUUGGAGGCAUUAAGUUGAUUUAUAUAUACUGCAGUGCCUGCAUUGAUAUAUAUAAUUAUAUUUUGUAUCUAUAUAUUUGUACUAAAGAAUGUAUAUCACACAUGUACCUACCAUAAAUUAAUUAUAUCUUUUAAUUAUUUAUGAUAGAAUAAC